AUGUUGAACGAAAGUCACAAGCGCCCCAGCAUAAAAGGGGAUGAGCAAGACACCAACGUCAUCGCACACUUCAUGGUCUUAUGCGCGCUGGACUUGCUGUGGCGCGAUCGCGGCGAACCCGGUCCAUCUCGGUGCGUCGUCGGUGUACGCAGUCGUUCGUUUGAUUCGCCAUCUGCUUGUCGUCACGCUGAGAAACUGAGGGAACGAAAAGCACAUGCUGAGGCCAAACCACGUCGACUUAAUGCAGGUCUUGUCGGCGUCUCGACCGACGUUGUAUUGCAUGUAGAACAAGUGCGUGAUCGUCGCGCCGUCGAUAGCGGCACGGAUGAUGGUUUCGUACAGCAGUCGCUUGACAAGUAUUAG